AUGAAUGGCAGGCAUCUCCUGGCUGCUUCUGUAAUUUCUGUCCAGAACUCCAACUUUGUAUAUCCUUCAUGUCAAAACUGCUUUUCCAGGCUACUCCUAGAUUUGAAGAGGUAAGUCCACUCCAGAGCACUGAUAAAUUUGGACUAUCAUCUAGCACAGCACAAAUAGGAAAGCUGUGGCCCUCCGAAUGUUGGGCUUCAACUCCCAUAAAAUCCAGCCAGCAUAGCUAGUGAUCACAGAUUAUGGGAGUUGUAGUCUAAUAACACCUGGGGAGUCACAGUUCAAAAAGUGUGCAAUGAAUUCUCUAGGCCUGGGGUCAGUGUGAAAUGACAUUGUUUCCCCACUUGCAUAACAUUUGGAGCUAUAUGGCAAUGGGUUAUUCGCAUACAAAAUUCACAUGAACUUUUAUUACUGAUUGAUUGAUUGAUUGAUUGAUUGAUUGAAUUUAUAUAGCACCCUAUACCCAGAGGUCUCAGUCUGCUUGUCAUGCAACUGAGGCUUGCUUUGCUGUAGUGGAGACCAGGCCAUGGCAGUACAGAAGUACAAGACUUCCAUCAGCCAUUUGAGCAUUAUGCACUAUGAGGCUAACACCAUGUAGUGAUAGUUUAUCAUUUUAAGACGUUUGUUCAUCUGAGAUAAAUUUAUCUGGCCAUAUUAAGUAAAUGACAGUUUGUGGGCAUUCUCUAAAGUUGGAUGGGCAUUCUCAGCCGGGGGCUACAUUCCAGCCAUACAAAAGCCAGAGAUUUUCCUUUAAAUGGCCACACGCACAACCUUCAAGCAGGCAAGUAAGAGGACUUGUCACAGUUCAAGGACACCUUCCAGACAGGCAAAGCAUCCAAGGACAUGGUGGGGGUCAGUGGGGGAAUGUGGCCUUGAGAGAGUAGAAUAGAGAAAGUCCUAAGGGCCAGAUAGCAGGGCCUCAUUUGAUCCUCAGGCUUGGAAGUUCAUCACAUGGGGCAGCAGAAGGCAAAUGCCAUAGUUUAAACUGUGGUGAAAAGCUUGAGUAUUUGGAACUGCAGUUGGAAGAUUCACCACAUGGGGGUGCUGCAUGGCUCAGCAGUAUGUGAUAAGUGAAGCCUAGUCCAGAAAAGCCUUUUCUUUAAUAAAUCUGUUAACGUUUACACUCUAAAGUAUGUCAACAUCAUUUCCAGUAAUCUGUAAUUCCUCUAUCACAAAAUAGAUUAAUUCUCAUUUUUCAAUUGUUCACCGAGUAGCCCACCUUUCAUUGUGAUGCAUUGCAGGUUUAAUUCCCCCUUUAGGGCUUAAUCUGAAGCAGGGCAUAGUUCUGGCCUCUAAAGGGUCAGCUCUCUCUUUUAGAACAUACAAAAUGACAAAGAGUGCACAAAGAGUAUAUAACUGCAACCAGUUCUGUCCCCCAGGAGGUCACAGAGUGAGUCUCCCAUACAGGAUUGUUUCCCACCACUUCUCACUUAUGAAAUUAAAUUGUCUGUUGCAGAUGGGGACUGCCUUUUCCUAACCACUUCCGUGAGUUCAAAUCUGAGCUGAGGUUUGAAUCCAGGUUUCCUCCGCUCAGAACCUGUGAAAGCAGGUGGCUUUUGCCAUUUUCAUUCAUUUUUUCCUAAGGCAACAAUCCCAAGUACACUUCCUAGGGAGUAAAUCUAAUAGGACUCAGUGGAACUUGCUUCCGAGCAAAUAUGCAAAGGAUUGUGCUGUUAGAUUAUUAAGAUGACAGGUGAUUAAAGACUUAGGUUGGGAAGCUGGUAUGCACGUGCAAUAUUUGUCAGCUUCCAGUAGCUUUUUCAUCUGGUCUUUUAACAGGUACAGUUGCCUGAAGUGUGGCUGCUCAGGUGACCCUAGGGAAGCGAACUACAGGUAUCGACUCUCACUAGAGGUAGCUGACACUCGUGAUGUAUUUGAGGUGACAGUAUUCGGAAGCUGUUUGGAUACUUUCUUUGGAGUGACAGCAAAGGGACUGCAGAGGUAAGGAAUGCAACAUCAUUUCUCUGCUGAAAAUGAGUGUUUCCCCCUCCCCACCCCACCCAGUACAUCCCAGACUGCAUGUGAUGUAAUUAUGUCUCUAAAAACAGUUGCGGCACAUUUUGCUGCUUGGAUACCAAGCUGGUAUUUAUUAAUAGGGGCAAUUAAAUCUGUGCAGCUAUGAAAUUUGUGGACAUUCAGGAAAUCCAGCAUAUUCUAGUGGGGUGGAUCCCUGGACAAAUUUGGACUCAAAUCCCCUCUCAGCUUUCCUUAAAACAUUUUUUAAAUUGAUGUUUGUGUAUAUAAACAUCCAUCUGUAAGAUGAAAGAAGAGCAAACAAUGACUACAUCUUGCCACCUAACCCUGAUUUCAGUUUCUAAGAAAAAGGGAGCAUGAUUGCUUCAUGCCCUGCAUUUUAAAAAAAUGGCAAUAAUCAGUCUUUGUCCAGAAAAUUCAUGCUCUCCACUUCAUGUGUGCCAGUGAGUAACACUGAGGUAAGCUGCACCAAAGCAGGUACAGCAUAAUGUAGCAUACUUAAGUUAAACUGUCUUGCAGGAUUUGCAGAAGGAGAUAAGCUGCUCAUGGACAAAAAUGAAGGGCUCUGAUAACAGUCAGAGGCCAUGAGAAAAUGUUUUUGUGUUCUCAAACUUCUAUGCUUUAUAAGAGAAUGAUGAUUUGGACCAAGGUUUGAAACAGUGGCCGGGGGGAAAAAACUGUAUUUUUUUAAAAAGAAGCAAAGUAAAGAUUCUCAGGAGCCCUGAUUGAUGCUAACUAGGCUCAGAUAGCAGUCUGUUGUCAUAUGACUCACUUCUAUUUCUGAUACUAAGCCAGCCUUUUUAGCCACCUGGGAGCCAUUUAAAGCAACUCUGAGCUCUUUUGGGGAAGAGCAGGGUGCAAGUGAAAGAAAUGAUAACCAAAGAAUUGACUGGGUUGCUCAAAUUCAUAUGUGAACUUUGGUACCUUAUUCCAGUACUCCAUUAAAGGUAGCCAGAUUAUAACAGAAGCAACAACUUGCAGAAUUCUCUCUCUAUGCAAUUCAAAAAGAUCCUCUACAUAUGGGGAUAGACAUGGUAACACUCCCCCCUUCGCUGGGAGAAACGCAGGGGGAAGAAACGCCAUGGUGCAUCUGCAGCAGCACAACCAGACGCCGUCAUCUGCCCCAGCUGCAACAAAACAUGUCUCUCCCACAUCGGUCUCUACAGCACAGUAGGCGCUGCGACCUUCCAAAAGCUUGAGUUCACCCCCAAAGGCAUAAUCCUCCAUCGUCUCUCAAGAUGGACGGAUGCCAACAACAGCAGCUCCCUAAUUCAUAAUUUUCAAGCCUUUUUCAGGUUUCAGUGUAUUCAGGCUUUUGGUUCAUCUUGUCCAGUAUUUACGAGUACAGGGGUACCUCGGGUUACAUACGCUUCAGGUUACAUACUCCGCUAACCCAGAAAUAGUGCUUCAGGUUAAGAACUUUGCUUCAGGAUGAGAACAGAAAUUGUGCUCCGGCGGCACGACAGCAGCGAGAGACCCCAUUAGCUAAAGUGGUGCUUCAGGUUAAGAACGGACCUCCGGAACAAAUUAAGUACUUAACCUGAGGUACCACUGUAUCUGCUGUAACUGAGAACAGCUCUUAAAGACCCCAGGUAAAGAUCUUUGAUAAACCUGGGAGACUGUCCCAAGAAACAUGAUACAUACAAAGGAGAUGGAAGGAAGGAGGGAAUCUGUUUCCUUUUUCACGGCAGGUCUGGAAAACCUGAGUUCAGCAUCUUCUAUUGUACAAGUACAGGGAUUGAGGGAGGCAUUAAAAUUUGAAUACGAUGGGUGCUGUCCUUUUCUGAUACGCAGGCAGACAUUUCCACAGCACAUUUUCAACUUGCUAAUACAUGUGCACAAACAAUCCUGGGUGUGUUUACUGCGAAGUAAGUCCCACUGUGUUCAUUAAGGCUUACUCCCAGGUAAGGUUGCAUCCCAUAGCACAGUUGGUGAUGUCAUGGCUAUUUGAAUGGAAGUGCAUUUUGCUAAAUUCUCUCUUCGCAGCUUGCUGCAAAGUGUAACGCAGCAAUAUUAUUUUUACACUUGGACCUUAAAUUCCUUAUAGGUCUCAGAAGCCAAGCAGUAUCCAGUCAGUAAUUUUUUGUAACACUUUUAUUCAAGGUACAUUGAAGAACUGAAACAAGAAGCAAGAGAACCAGACAGGGAUGCAGUUCCGAGUUUGGUAUUUCAAGCAGUUGAAACAUGCUUCCUUGGAAAGAAAUUUGUCUUUGGAGUUAAGGUAACUCACCCCCACCCCACCAGCAUGUUUUGUUCAAAGAAUGCACAACUUAUUCUUGGGGGAGAUGAGCAUCAUUCGGGGGGGGGGGGAAUGAAAGCUGCCAAAUUUUGUGCAUGACUGCCUUAUUUCUAUAUUACACACACACACACCACCCCUCAGAUGCCCAGGAACAUUUUUAGCAUCUGGGGCAUUCUAGAGGGUGUGGAAUAGCUGCCCUAAGAAGCUGAAUUGUUUGAAAUGUAGAGAGAGAAAUAACUUGCUUCUGCAUUAUAUCAGUGGCAAGCCCCACCCUAUCACCCUCCCAGAAAAAAUCACUUGUCACCAAAAUCCACACACACUCCCAAAAAAUGUCUACAUGUGAACGGGGUGAAGAAUUGGAGAACAUUUUUUCGUUCUGCGCUAGUUACUUCACAAUUGGUAUUUUAACUAAAAUUAAGACACCAAGCAUGACUAGUAUUUCCUACGGCAAAACAUUAACAUCUGCACCAGGAAAUCAGUCUGGCUGCAUUUCAAAAUUAGAAGAGGAGUGGGAAUUUGUGUACAGAUCACUUUGCCUCCAAGCAGGAACAUAGAGGCAGUUACCAAGAAUCAAGCUUGAAUUUCUCAAUCCAUAAGGUGCAAACUAAUAAUAUAUAUGCCUCCAGUGUUCUGACUUUUCCAAGUGAUGGCUAUGAGACCAUCCAGUUUCAACUGCUAAAAGUAAACACGUGCCAUCAACAGCUCCUUGAAGCAUGUUUGGAUAUUUUCCCGCUCCCCCUUCAAUCAAAGGCACAGCUCCCGGGAGAGAUACAAAAUCAAAUCACUUCAACAAUAAUCCUACUCUAGGCUUGCUGAUUUUAUUUUUUUCAUUUUCAAUCUCUCUGUUCAACAACCUAGAGUUGGAAAUAGGUAGACUGUUUGUGAUCAGAGAGAGAGAGAUUACUGUCAGUUUGCACAGAUAUCCUCUGAGUUUGGGCAUCUGCCUCCAGACGCCGUACAUGUGAGGAAUUAUAAUGAGCGGUAUUAAUGAGAAUAAAGCUGCUUAUGAGGAAGGGUCUGUUCCUCAGAAUAUCUAUUUUGUGACUGUUAGAUUCUAGGAAGAGCAAAAAACCAAGGCUUCCUUCUCACCAAAGUAAAUCUGUGUCUGGGGUACACCACCUGAGGGUGCAGAUUUGUGCUCAUGUGACUGGGGGGGGGGGUUUCCUACAUAAUUGUUUUCCUAACAUGCUAGUUUCCUAUAUGCAGAGACUUUUCAAUAUGAGGGAGGAGUCGUUUUGAACUGAAUUUGCCCCUUACACUUGUUGUGAUUGAAGAGAUUUGGUGCUGGGCUUGCUUUAGUGCCCUCAUCAGUUUGCUGUUUGGAUUGACCCUCCUUGUAUUAUAGACAGGAGAGAGUCCUGCCUUGUAAACUGAAGCAUUUGGGUUCAAAACAUGGAAUCCCCUUACAGCAGGCACACCAACUCCAAAGGGCGUAGGUGUCUUCAGACUCCUCAAAAUCUCCUGAUGGGGCCGGGCUCCCUCCAUGUUAAGGGGCGGCGGAGGCUGAGUGCAGAGUGCUUUUGUGGCUGACUCCUCCGGAGCACAAGAGAGGAAGUCGCUCUGCAACAUUGUCGUGCAUCGUGCACAUGACAUCGCACACAUGACGUCAGAUGCAUGUCGCGUGCCAGGUCCCCCUAAUAUUGGGCACAAGACAGCACUUCUGCCUUACAGUACGACUUCCAAGUGAAUCCAGCCAGCUAGCCUCUCCUGAUAUUCUGUGGUUGAAAAGAACCGUCCACUGAUUGUAGUUAGGAGAAAGUGUUUCUGUAUAAACUACCUCUUGGCCCUUGAGUGCUUAACAGAUGCUUACUAGAUAACUUAUAAUAUGGAGUUACAGGAACUUGAAAUUUCAAUCCUGUGUAUCUGGAGUUUUGGAGCAAGGGAUUGUUUCCCGUGGUCCCAUGGGUGCAAUGAUCUGUGCAAAAUUUGUGAUAGAAAUUGAAGUUAAUGAGAACCUUGUCUGUCUUAAGAAGCAAAAGUCCAAUAUCAAAGAGUAGCUGUAGGUUCCCAAGGGAGAACAGCAGUGUCUUCCUGCACAGAUUGUGGUCUUGUCUCAGUUUAGACACCCCUUUUGCUGUUCCUGACCGUUUCCUCAACUCUGCUUGCUGAUAUGCAAGAGUAGCUUUCGGGCCUUCCUCUUUGUCCUCCUUACCUGAAAUCCUAAUAGGUUUCACCUGUUCUUGUCUAACUGGCUAUGACUGCAACCCCACAGAUCUAGCCCAAGUCCUUACUCAAUCACAGUCCAGCAACUCAGUUUCCAGUGCAGUCUGUCUACAACAAUAAAUAUCCUCCUUACUGACAUGCGGAUACCAAAUAAAACUAUAAUGUUCCCCAAUAACAUAACUUUAAAGGAAACCCAGGUGUACCCAUGUGUACCUUGCUGAUAGACGUGCAUAUGCAGAACCCAGGUGUACAACUGUCAUAGGUGAUGAUGAAAAUGGGAGUGUUUGCUUCAGAACUGAAGCAUUUCGUCUUGGUGCAAUUCUGCUGGACUACAACUCUCAUCAUCCUUGGCUAUUGGAAAUACUGGCUGGGGCUGAUGGGGGUUGUAAUCCAGCAACAUCUAGAGGUCCAUAGGUUCCUGAUCUAAAGUAAUCAGCUUCAUGAAAGUGAUUGGUCCAGGUAAACCUCUUAAGGUUUUGAGCUAUGAAGUAGAGUACCUUCUUGUAAAGUAUGCUAGCUGAUAGAGCACCUUCUAUUAUCUUGCAGGAUUCUGAUAAGCAGGAUGGCACCGGCUCCAUGCAAAAUGGCUGCCAAAUUGACAAGAACUCCAGAGCUCUCACUGCCUGUCAGAUGGUUGUACCAAACUCUGGACUUGUGGGCUGCACUGUUAUACAAUACCUCAAGGAGCUGCGAAGUUCUUACUCCAAGCAUAGCCAUGGGGGCUUCUGGCCUCCUGACUGCUUUGCAGCUGUUGAUCAACCAAGCAGAGAACUCAGUGGCCUGCAUGGCUCUGGCACCUUGGGUGUAGUUCCAUCAAGUUGCAUGGAUGUUCUUUCAAGCCUCUGGCCUCAAUCAUUUGGACUGACUUCCUCCUGUGUUUCUUCAGGAACAACCGCUGAUCUUGUAGCUCUAAGUACAAGCAAGGCUGCCCAGGAUGAGCCAAACUCUGAUGAUAGUCCAGUUUCUUUGCAUAGCCUGUCAGUCUUCAAGCCCCAUGACCGUAACCUGACUGUGAAUACGAAAAAAGAACAGAAAGAUAAGAAAUGUCAUUUGCACAAUGUCACUGAAAAGAGUGAAGCAGAAGGCUAUUCCUCAUUAAGAAGAAAAGACUGCAGAUCAUUGCUGAGCCCCUUAGAAUUAGAGGAGAGAGACUCUCCGCUGAGAAAAAUUAGCAUCCAGUGCAGCGAUGGACUGGAAAAAUCAUGGACCUCAUUCCCACUCCAGACAUACGAUGGAUCUCUUUCCUCCCUUGGUCCAUCUUCCAGUCGCAUUAGAGCAGGUGAAAACACUCAAGAAGCUCCAUGGCUUUGGGAUGAGCUGCCAUCAUCUGAAAGUUUCAAUGAAUUCAUUGCCAAAAUUGAAAAUGACAAAGCCAUGGUGUUGCCAACAAAAGCUGAUGUUUUGGAGCAUUUCCCCAGUCAGGAGGCUGAUGAAUUCCAUGGAUCUUUUAAGCAGUCGUCUCCCAAUCCAGGCAUUUGCAGUGCCAAUUUCCUUACUGAAGAGUCAGGUGAGAAACUGAAGAAGCUAGCUGGGAAGAUGGAAAUGUGCAAAGAAGAUAAUUUCCCUUGCCACCAGCUGAAUCUUCCAUGCUUCAUUAGCAACAGAUAUCACCAAGAAGCCUCUUACACCUCUUUACCCACUGAAGAAAAGGAAAAUUUGGGGUGUUGGUCCAACCAGCACCCAGAUCUUUCACCUUGGUCCACCCCAACUGGAAUUAAACAUUCUCAUUCAAAGGGAAGCUGUCUGUCAUCCAAGGAAGGAGUUGGCCAGGAUGUCAGUAGUUGUAAGCGUCUCAAUUUCUGCUCAUCUACCAACAACUGUCUCAAAAGCCCUUGUUUACAAACCAGGAAGACUACCCACUUAAACUGUAAAGGUGAUGGUAAUUUAGACAAAUGGGAAAAUAAAGGAAGUGUUAGCGAUCAGCUAAACCAAAUGGCUGAUCUCACAAACACCCAGGAAGAGGGUUUCACCCUGGCAACUUGUGAAAAAACAGACAAAGUUUGUGAAAAAGGGAGAGAGUUGCUCUCAGAAGUGCAAAAUUAUAAUUUUAGAGAGGCUGAGGUCAGCGGUUCCGAUUGCCCUGAGGGUAGUUACAAUGCUUCAGCUGAUCUGUUUGAUGCUAGUACCAGACAGGCAGAUGCUACUGUACGAAUGUUCAACUUGGCACCAGCUUUCUCUCCACAGGAGGGCACACUGAACAAGAAGUGUAUACGAUCUGAAGCCAUGCUGAGUGAGCAAGAUGCUAGCUGGAAUACUUCUUGGCAUGGACUGUCCUUACAUAAAAUGUUCGCUACACCUCAUCAGAAAACAAGCACCCCAGUUGCUGGUUCCAUAUCUGAGUUUGAGCACAGCCCUGCAGGUACUCCAGGCUUUGUGCCUGAUUCCCAGUCAACUCCCCUUUCCAGACCUUGUCGACAAGUAAGCCUCCCUAGAGGGAGAGAAUCCAUUCUUACCAAAUUGCCACGGAAUAAUUUGUCUUGGAUCAAUGCCAGAUGCAAAAGACCCAGGCCUUCCUUGAAAAAUUAUUUAGCGAAACAGCUUGUCAGCAAGUUCCCGCAAUCUAGAAGGUCGAGCGAUGCAAAUUCUGUUAGCAUCAAUGCAUCUGGUCCUCAGCAACUAUCUAUCAAAGUAAGUCCAGCCCAGAGGCUGUCUGAAAACGAUGAUGAGGAAUGGAUUCCUCCGUCGGAUAAAAAAUGGAUACAUCCACUUGCUUUCCAGAACGGAAAAACUUUGAGGAGCGAUGCCAGUUGCCAAGUUGCAGAGAAGUCUCCUCUUUCUGAAAACAAAGUAAGGUUUGUGAUUCCAAAGUCUAAUGUUAGCUUAAGGAAGGUAGAAUUCAUUCAUAAAAGGCAACAGCCGACAGAGACUAGAUUUGAGGAUGGACCUGUUCCUGAAGAUGGUGUUCAUCUCAGACAGCUCAUGAAUGAAUCCCUCAGCUCCUCUGCUUCUGCAGAUGUCGCCAGGCCAGGCCCUUCUUCCACGCCUGGCAGCAUGCAUAACACUGCAGAUUGGUCUUCUGAACUGUUCGUGUAA